UAGCCGCGUGAUCGAGCGUAAUUCCAGGUGCUAAAUUUAAAUGCGUUGCCUCGAUCCCCUUGGGUUAUUUCGCGCAGGUUGGCUGCGCUUGAACGGGUCGGUAGCGGAGCGCUAUCGUCAGCCCUGCCGGCGGUGGUAUCGGUGUUGACCACCGUUACCAGGUACCUAUACGCGUCGUGGUUGUCGUCGACGUCGCCAUUGCCGGCGGUAGCGGCACUCGAGAACACCGUCUGCGCCAUCGCUAGACCAAAGGGUACCACCACUACGCGAGUCAGUCGACGGUCUGCCGGCGAGCAGUGCGGACGCGUCGUGGAAAGGAUACGGUUGUCGUUGCCCGCAAAUAUUUGCUGGCACGACCGCGAUUUGCCCCACCGUCGGUGCCACGGUAACGCGGACGGAUCCCGCGGACAGAACCACCUCCCCUCUGCCCGGCCCGACGACCCUCCCUCCCUCGCGACGGUUACCCGGUGUUCUACCAGCGCCGCGGCGGUUCCCCUCUAUUGAUCGAAUUCGACCUGCGAAGUUUCCCCUAGCGUGUGCGGUAGUGGCGGCCGGCAGUGGCUCUCGCGCUUACGUUCCUCGGUUAGUGCGGUAAAUAAUCGCGAUACCUCGGCAUGGCUACUCCGACCGCUUGCACGAGGUUCAGUGACAACUAUGAUCUCAAGGAGGAACUGGGCAAGGGCGCCUUCUCCGUGGUGCGGCGAUGCGUCCAGAAGAGUACCGGCCACGAGUUCGCGGCGAAAAUUAUAAACACGAAAAAGCUCACGUCCAGAGAUUUUCAAAAGCUCGAACGCGAGGCGCGGAUAUGCAGAAAAUUGCAGCAUCAAAAUAUCGUGAGAUUGCACGACAGCAUACAGGAGGAGAACUACCAUUACCUCGUGUUUGACCUAGUAACCGGCGGAGAACUGUUCGAGGACAUCGUCGCGCGGGAGUUCUACAGCGAAGCGGACGCCUCGCAUUGUAUUCAACAAAUCUUGGAAAGCGUACACCACUGCCAUCAUAAUGGAGUCGUGCACAGGGACCUGAAACCUGAAAAUUUGCUGCUCGCGAGUAAGGCGAAAGGUGCGGUUGUGAAAUUAGCUGAUUUUGGAUUGGCGAUCGAGGUGACGGGCGACACACAGGCAUGGUUCGGUUUCGCCGGAACGCCCGGUUACCUCAGUCCGGAAGUCCUCAAGAAGGAACCUUACGGCAAACCAGUCGACAUCUGGGCGUGUGGUGUCAUUCUUUACAUCCUCCUCGUCGGUUAUCCGCCGUUUUGGGACGAGGACCAGCAUCGGCUGUACGCGCAAAUCAAGGCUGGAUCGUACGACUACCCCAGCCCAGAAUGGGACACCGUCACGCCGGAAGCGAAGAAUCUCAUCAAUCAGAUGCUGACGGUGAUUCCCAGCAAAAGGAUCACCGCCAGCGAGGCACUGAAGCACCCAUGGAUCUGCCAACGCGAACGCGUCGCAUCCGUGGUCCACAGACAAGAGACUGUGGAUUGUUUGAAGAAAUUCAACGCAAGGCGCAAAUUAAAGGGCGCUAUUCUGACGACCAUGUUGGCGACGAGGAACUUUUCCAGUCGGAGCAUCAUCACGAAGAAGGGCGAAGGUUCUCAGGUGAAGGAAUCCACCGACAGCAGCACAACGAUCGAGGACGAUGACGUUAAAGAGGAUAAGAAGGGCGGCGUCGACCGGAGCAGCACGGUCAUUGCCAAAGAACCCGAAGCUGGCAGCGCAGGAAGCGGUAGCAGCAGUGGCAGCAGCAGCAACAGCCAGAACAGCCAGACAGGCGCUUCGCCGUCCUCGCCGGCGGCCGUCUACAUCGGCAACCACAUCGCGGCGACGCCCACGGCAUCGUCGCGACGCUACGACUCAGCAACCAACGAACCGGAAGUCCGGCGAACGGGCGGCGCUGGAUACGUGCAGCUUGGUCCGGCCGAGGGCUGCGACCCGGAAGACGAAAUAAGAAUCGUGUGUCCUAUCAAGACCUGCAGCCAGCUAUCAACCAACUCCCAGUGCUCAGCACGCCGUCAGGAGAUCAUCAAGAUGACCGAGCAGCUGAUCGAGAGCAUCAACACCGGCGAUUUCGAGGCGUACACGAAAAUCUGUGAUCCGCAUCUGACCGCGUUCGAGCCGGAGGCUCUAGGUAAUUUAGUCGAGGGAAUGGAUUUCCACAAAUUUUACUUUGAUAAUGCAGUCCUGGGGAAGAACUGCAAGGCCGUCAACACGACGAUCCUGAAUCCUCAUGUGCACCUCCUCGGCGAGGACGCCGCGUGCAUCGCGUACGUCAGGCUGACGCAGUACAUGGACAAACAAGGGGUAGCGCACACUCAGCAGAGCGAGGAGAGCCGCGUGUGGCACAAGAGGGACAACAAAUGGCAGAACGUGCAUUUCCACCGAAGCGCGGUGACGGGACCGUCGCCGUUCUCGUUCAAUCACAAGUAAAUCGGCCGACGGCGAAGUUAGGGGGAGGCAGUAGGAGAGAAGAAGAAAGGGCCGAUGUGUCGGUGAACGCUCGUCGCCUCGACGCGUGGACAAAACUAAAACUCGUUCGCGUAAAUAAAUAAAUAUAUAGUAAAGGCGACUAUUAUGGAGAGAAGGAAAAAUCAGUCCUGGAUAAUGGAAUUAUAUCGCGUCCGCGGUUCCCUUCUCGCGAUCGACCCGACUCGAACAGCGCGUAACACAUUCCCCGUGGCCCCAGGAUUAAUCUUUCUUUCUGUUCGCGGUACGUAUAUUUAUUUAUUUAUUCCUCUUUACGACACACGAGCGCGCCCGCGCGCUUGGUCGAGCAACGAGCGCGACGAACACGAAGAGAAGCACACACACACACCGAUAAAUAGCCGCGAGGAAGUGCCCAGGGUGCGUUCGGCAUAUUUUCCAAUUCACGCUCCAGUACCUGCGACAGCGUACUUACCGCGAAGAACCACCACGGGGGAACCGCUUCCGGUGGACCACGAGGCACCGAUUGUUCGCUGGAGAUCGAGAGGGAACGGGUCGCGGGGGGCGGAGACGCAGUCGUUUCGUGGUUGGGGACAACGCCGAGGAAGAGGUUUUUUUUUUUUGGUCGACGAAGAAAGUGAUAACCGUUAAUUGGUUCCAUGGUACCUGACAACGUUGGAGGGAAGAACGAUUCUGGAAGAGCAACGAGGAUCCCUGUCUCUGCUCCCCAACAUCCGAUGUUAAGGUGGACAGAAGAAGAGUAAGAGUAUCAGAAUUCCCGAUUCUGUAAUAUUCGAUCUCCCGUGGAGAGGAGAGUCGCAGCGAUAUGGUCGUAGAGACUGCUGUCGACCAUCGAGGAAGAAACCUGCACGAUUUUGCAGCAACGGGGGAGUAAAAAGUCUUGCUAGCAAUAAAGAGGAAUCGGAAUUUUUCACCGUGUUCGUUAGAGUUGAACUCCGGGAGCAGCCUCGACGUUGCCAUCAGCCAGAAGAAGUCCACCAUUGGGGAUGAGAAUGAUAAAAAGCGACGAGGAGGAUCAGAAUUUCUGGCUCUGUUCGCGAGAUUAGGGUUCGAGAGGCGACCUCGACCAAGUCGUAAAAUUCUUGCUAAGAAGCAAUAAGAGGAAUCAGAAUUUUUGACUGUGCGUUCGUUGGGUUUGAUCUCCCGGGAGCAGCCUCGAGCAAAGAAACUCCGUUGGGACGAAAGUACAGAAUGUCUGGCUCUGUUGAUACCGUUUGGCUACCGCGAGAGGAAGAAAGGGUAGAAGAUACUGGUCCUCGAGGGCCAAGGUGUUCCAAUUGCGUCGGUGCUGGGCAUCGACGAGGCGAGCCGCGAACGUCGAGGAUGGAUGAACGCGGUCGGAUGCGAACCGGAAGAGGAGGAAGAACCGGAAACCGGAGGCGUACGAACGGGACGAGCGGAGGACGCGGCCGUAGACGGCCGUGCAUCGACAAGAUUGGCGCCGACACAUCGGCAUCCACGUAUAAUUUAGUUCGUACGAUAGUCGCUGUACAGAACAAUCUUCCAUGUAACUCUUUUUUCUCCUAAUUUUCGUUCUCGUCUCUCGCAACGACGAUACCGAGAGCGAUCCAUGUAUAUCCGCAUGCGCGCUCACACAAACGCAUAUAUACCGAUAUACAACUUCGAACACACUCGUACACAGACACCUCGAUAUACUGUACGCACGCCGGUAUGGUACUCCAGAAGUUUUAAACGAAUAGAAAGAGGAACGAAGCUUCUCGCUGGAAGCAGCCAUUACAGGGGAGCUGGGAAGGUUGCUCUUGGGUGGAAUUAUAAUCUGUUAGACGUAGUUAUUCGAUAGUUGGAUCCUGCCUUGGUCAGUUGGAACAUAGAACUUUGUAGAGAAAUCAAGAACUCCAUUUCCUUCUGAAAGAUGUUGUAUGGUGGAUUGGAAAUCCUAGUGGCGCGAGUUCAUUGCUUUAAACAAUUUUAUACACGUCUCCAUUGUUAUAUACGGUCUUCUAUUUUGUUAUCAAAGAAUGGACCAUGAUCUCAUGCUUGUUUGGAGCUCUCAGUAGCAGCAAAGUACCGGUGGGAUAUAUUUUAACCCUUAAGUGGAUUAUUAGAUUGAGCUCUCCGCAAGUUUAAACUAAUAAUCGUAUAACCUACGUUAGUUCAUUAUUUUUUAAAUGCUUUAAAGGACAGUUGAUCUCCGUUUACCAAUUGAGUUGAGAUUGAAACUCUAUGUUAGGGUCGCUAACAGCAAGACCUCGUUGAAUCCACCGUUCAGGGGCAAUCUUCGUGGCUCCGUGCAGCAAGGGAACGCGUACAAAAAUACAUACACACACACACAAACACAUACAGAGAACAAGUAACGCGCGAUUGUCCGAGGGACAGAAGAGCGAUCUUUAAACGUUGUUACCUCAUCGUCGUAAUGGCGGUCCCGCGCGGGCCGCCGACCCACGUGAAAUUUCGUUUUACCAGUCGAUCUCGUGUCCCCGAGAGUGCACGCGCGACAACGGGAGGCAAACCAGCGGACAACGAGGAAGAAACGGAAGCGGAACGAAACCGCGUUCGACCGCGAACGCGAAGGAACGAAGAGGACGAAAACGGAUGAAACGGCGUACGCCGAAGAGGAAUCAAAAUGGGGGAUGAUAAGUCGCUGGCGUGCGCGACGAGUGAAGCGUAUUCUCGCUCGACGGUGAACCGAGACGGUCGAGAUCCUGGGUGAUCCGCGAUCGAAAACUUUUUUGUCGAAUUUACCCUUCAUUAAAAACACGAGAUAAAUCUUUCUACACGUUCGUACAUCCUCUAUUACUAAAUACGAGUAAAUCGAUUAUAGGAAAACGAACCCGCUGGGGGUGAACGCGAACGAGGAGGAGGGGCGGGCGUGGUUUGUCGAGGGAAAUGAAGAAAGAUCUACGAGAUUAUCGGAGGAACAUUUUUGCCAUCUUGUUAUAUAAAUAUAUAUAUAUAUACAAAUAUACAUAUAUGUUAUAACACGUACAUGGGUACGCACGCGUGCGACCGCGCGAACAGGGUGCACGCGCGUGACUCGCGUCGAUUCGAGCUCGCCGGGCUCGAAUUUCCGCGGGAACCAUGCUUCAGGUUCGUCGUCCUCGAAAUUUUCUUCGUUUUUUCGUCUCGUGUCUCGCGAUCGUUUUAGUUCCGCGUUUCGAUUCGUUUCGACUCGGUUCGCUCGUGACACAUUCGCGACGACGUCCAGCGUUGCUGAUUCCUUUCUGUUUUUUUUUAUCUUUAUUUUUUGGAUCGUACAGGACGUCUAAGGACGAGGGAGAAGGUCUCUCUUUAAUAUAUUUUUUAUUUCAAUUGUGUAAUGUUUGUUUCAGAAGCAGAGCGUGUGACAGUUUUCUCCAUUUCGAGCUGUGUUAAGUUUGACGCGAACGUGAAGUUUAGUAUACGUUCCAGAUUCGCGGAGGUACGCUUUUCGAAACUCGAAAAUUUCUGCAGCUUGGAACAUCUUGUAACGCUACACGUAACAUAAAGAACUCAAGUUAAAUUUCAUUUUUAUCUUAUUUUUUUCUUGGGCGGAAAUUGGUCGCGUCGUCGCGAGUGUGUUAAACGGAAGUCGAACGAAGGUGCCUAUCCGGCUGUUAGCUAAUUCUGAGUACAUCGAAUUCGAGUCGUCGUUGAAGUAUCGUUGGCUCGGAUCGAAUUGAACGAUCGAUCGAUGACGCCCGGCGACCGGAAGGAUCGCGAUCGCGCGUUAACAAGGUUCUCGCGCUUCGUGUGCGCACGCGCGCGCACCGCGACCUACCGCGUAUGUAUAUUGGAUACAGACACACAGAAAGAGAGAGAGAGAGAGAGAGAGAGAGAGAGAGAGAGAGAGAGAGAGAGAGA